AUGGCUACCACUACUACCACUAUUACAUCCACUCCAUCCACCGAGCAACAACAAAAAGAAAACAACACUCAACUUGCUUCUCAAGAUGUUGGUUUGAUCUUUGUUCGUGAGUACUAUACCUUCUUGAACAAAAAGCCCAGCAGACUCCAUGCCUUUUACAACAAGGAUUCCACUUUGGUCAGAGGCGAUGAAGGCACUGUUACUGCCACCAUGAAGGGACAAGAGGAAAUUCGCAAAAAGAUUGAAGAGUGUAAAUUCGAGGAUUGCAAAGUAUUGAUCACUCAAGUCGACAGUCAAACCUCUGCCAACAAUGGUAUCUUGAUUCAAGUGUUGGGUGAAAUGUGCAAUCAAAACGGCCCUUCACAAAAGUUCAGUCAAACCUUCUUCUUGGCUACCCAACCCAACGGCUAUUAUGUGCUCAACGACAUCUUUAGAUUCUUGAAGGAUGAAGUGGAAAUUGAUUAUUACACUGUUGAUCAAGGAGAGGCUGCUGCUAAUGCUGCUGCACCUGUCUCAAACGCUGCUCCCGUUGUAAACAACAUUGCUUCUCCUGUGGUUCAUCAAAGCACUCUUCCACCUGCUCAAGCUACUGCUUCUCCUGUCGUCAGUAACAAUGUGCCUGUAGUCGCUUCACCAGUUGCUGCUCAAAAAGCAGCUCCCACUCAACAAAAAUCUGAAACACCUGCUACUCCUGUUGCUCAGGCACCUGCCAAGAAGGAAGCCGAAGUUGCCGCUGCUGCUGCUACCGGUGCUCCUGUUCCUGCUGCUACAAAGAAAGAGGAACCUACAAAGAAGUCUGAAGAGGAUAUCAAGACGGAACAGGUGAAAAAGUGGGCAGAGGAGGUCAAUGUUGCAAACGAGAACAAGAAGCCUUCUGAAUCCGGCGCUACGACUCCUGCUACUUCCACCACUACAGAACCUGCCCCUGCUGUCGAGGAAAAGAAAAAGAAGGCUGAUUCCAAGCAACAAAAGGCUGAUAAGGUUCAAAAGCAACAACAACAACAACAACAACAACAACAAGCUGAGAAGCCUGCCCCUGCUAAACCUGCUGCUCCCAAGACCUGGGCCAACUUGACCGCGGCUGCUGCCGCUGCCUCUGCUGUCAAUGGUAGUGCUCUGGAUAAGGCAUCCACCACUGCAACUGCUGGUACUUCUUCAGCAUCCACUGUGACCAGCGAAAAGCCUUCUGUUACCCAUGCUCAAGCUCAACAGCAGCAGGCUCAACCUCAGCAACACCAAGCACAACACCAACAACACCAACAGCAUCAACAUCAACAUCAGAACAAAAAUCAGGCCCGUAAAGUCGAUGCCACUCAAAUCUUCGUCAAACUGGUCAAUGACCAAAUCAAUGAGGAUCAAUUAAUCGAGGUAUUCACCAAGGUUGGAUCAGUUAAAUCGUGCACCAUUUCUCGCGCCAGAAGCUGUGCUUUUGUUGAUUUCUAUUCACCCGAAUCCUGCCAAAAAGCCUUGGCUCAACACAAAUUCCCAGUCAAUGGACACACUGUAUUAGCUGAAGAACGUCGCUACAAUAAUCAAAACAGCAACCAAAACCAAAACCGUUACAGCAACAAUAGUAAUCAAAACAGAAAUAACCAAAAUACACCUUUCGAGCAACGUCGAUCCAAUAAUACCAGCAAUCAAAACAGUAGUAAUCGUAGAGGUCAGCAACAACAACAAACCAACGCUAAUAAUAACCAACAACAAAAUCGACAAAACCAAGGUGGCAAAGGAAGAGGUGCCCUCAAUAGCACAAACCAAAAGUAA